CCGGCUAAGUUUUGUGUUUUUAGUAGAGAUGGGGUUUUGCCAAGUUGGCCAGGCUGGUCUCGAACUGCUGACCUGAAGUCACCAUAAAAAACGUCUUUUCCUCUUCUCCUUCCUCAGGUUGCCCAGGGCGCACCUCUGAUGGGCGGGCAGGUGAGCGCUUCCAACAGCUUCUCGAGGCUGCGCUGCAGAAAUGCCAACGAGGACUGGAUGUCGGCACUGUGUCCCCGGCUCUGGGAUGUGCCCCUCCACCACCUCUCCAUCCCAGGGAGCCACGACACGAUGACGUACUGUCUGAACAAGAAAUCCCCCAUUUCACACGAGGAGUCCCGGCUGCUGCAGCUGCUGAACAAGGCCUUCCCCUGCAUCACACGCCCCGUCGUGCUGAAAUGGUCCGUCACCCAGGCGCUGGACGUCACGGAGCAGCUGGACGCUGGGGUGCGGUACCUGGACCUGCGCGUCGCCCACAUGCUGGAGGGUUCGGAGAAAAACCUGCACUUCGUCCAUAUGGUGUACACAACGGCUCUGGUGGAGGACACGCUCACGGAAAUCUCGGAGUGGCUGGAGCGGCACCCACAGGAGGUGGUCAUUGUCGCCUGCAGAAACUUCGAGGGGCUGAGUGAGGACCUGCACGAGUACCUGGUCGCCUGUAUCAAGAACAUCUUCGGGGACAUGCUGUGUCCUCGUGGGGAGGUGCCGACGCUGCGGCAGUUGUGGUCCCGGGGCCAGCAGGUCAUCGUCUCCUAUGAGGACGAGAACUCCUUGGGCCGGCACCACGAACUGUGGCCAGGAAUCCCCUACUGGUGGGGAAACACGGUGAAGUCCGAGGCCCUCAUCCAAUACCUGGAGACCAUGAAGACCUGCGGCCGCCCAGGAGGGCUGUUCGUGGCCGGCAUCAACCUCACGGAGAACCUGCAGUACGUUCUGGCGCACCCGUCCGAGUCCCUGGAGAAGAUGACGCUGCCCAACCUUCCGCGGCUGAGCGCGUGGGUCCGAGAGCAGUGCCCGGGGCCGGGCUCACGGUGCACCAACAUCAUCGCGGGCGACUUCAUCGGCGCAGACGGCUUCGUCAGCGACGUCAUCGCGCUGAACCAGAAGCUGCUGUGGUGCUGACGGGACCUUCUGAAGUUCAGGACGCGGCGGCUGCGGUUUCACCCCCGACUUUCCAAGUAUUGUGACUUUGUUUGGGCCAAAUAUUGGUGAUCAUAGGACGGAUGAUA